CAGAAGGGUUAAUUUAAAAUGAUGUCAAAUUUGAUUGGAACAGCACAUAAACACAAAGUUAUAAGACAUCGAUGGACUGGCCGAUACGAAGCUCAUUUAUGGGAUAAGAAUUGCUGGAAUGAAUCACAAAACAAGAAAGGACGUCAAGGUGCAUAUGAUGAAGAAGAAGCAGCAGCACAUGCUUAUGACUUAGCAGCACUCAAAUACUGGGGUCGAGAAACAAUUCUUAACUUUCCGUUAUCAACAUAUGAAAAUGAAUUGAGAGAAAUGGAGGGUCAGUCCAGAGAAGAAUAUAUUGGGUCUUUGAGAAGGAAAAGCAGUGGCUUUUCUCGUGGAGUAUCAAAAUAUAGAGGUGUGGCAAGGCAUCAUCACAAUGGAAGGUGGGAGGCUCGGAUUGGAAGAGUGUUUGGCAACAAGUACCUUUAUCUUGGAACUUAUGCUACUCAAGAGGAAGCUGCCACCGCAUAUGAUAUGGCAGCCAUUGAGUACCGUGGAUUAAAUGCCGUCACCAAUUUCGACCUCAGCCGUUACAUCAAAUGGCUUAAACCUAACCCAAAUGAUAACAUCAAAAAUUUUAAUGAUCAACACCACCAUCCUAACCCUAACCCUAAACCUAACAUAGGCACCAAUUCUUCAACUACUCCUUACCCUGGCCCUAACCAAGAACUUGGACUUAGCUACCUUCAAACCCAGAACACCUAUCAGCCAGCUGAAGGUGACACUACUGCAGUAAUGGUAGAGCCAUCGAGGCAUCCAGCAAAUGCCACGUCAGCCCUAGGGUUACUACUUCAAUCAUCAAAAUUCAAGGAGAUGAUGGAGAUGACAUCAAUGGUGGAUUGCCCCUCGACUCCGGCCGAGUUAGAACAACCACAAUCCAGAUUCCCUGAAGACAUUCAAACAUUUUUCGAGUGCCCAGACCCGAGCAGUUAUGGAGAAGGGGAUGAUAUGAUUUUUGGCGAUCUCAACUCGUUCGUGCCACAGAUGUUCCAGUGCGAUUUCUGAUUAUCCAUCAUCAAUAUAAGGUGCUUAUUAUAUAUGGAUCAAA